AUGGGAAGUCGCUGCAUUUUCCAGCAAGCCACAGGCUGUCCGCAUCUCUGGAAUGGGGCCAGCAGGACAAGCUCUACAACCAUGGACAAACCUGCCUCGACCUCUUUUCCAAGCCAGCCUGUUCUGGGAAAGCUCAAAAGAAAUAUGAUGACCCCAGCUUUACAGAGGAAACGACAACUAGUCUUGGUAACCAAGGCCAAGCGGAGCUCUGGUGUUAGUUGUGCACUCCCUAUAGAACUGCGCAGCUGCUUCUUUCAGAGGCCGGUGACUAGAAUAACUCCCCUUCUUGGCAAUGAGGUUACACGCCAUCAAUGGCAGCAGAAGCUGGAGAAGCCCCAGCAGCUCUGUGCCUACAGAAGGCUGCAGGGACUCCAGCCCCGCAGCAGCGAAGGAGACCUUUUAAAUCCUUUGAAUUUUGCAAAUGCCUUACAAGUCACUGCACCAGGAAUUCCAGGGGAAUCCCUGGGCCAAGCUGGUGCUGGGGAUCUGCAAUCUCGCUCCUGGCCCACCCUUGCCCAGUCUUCAGAUUGGGCAGAGAGGAUCCCAGGAGCAGGUCUUCAUCUCUCACCGUCCUUCUACAGCCAAGUGAUAACUUAUGCAGACAUCCGGAGGCAGAUGCGGAAAGUAAAGACAGCAAGGGAAAGACUGGCCAAGGCCUUGAGGGCAGACAGGCUGGCCAGGGAGACAGAGAGAAUGAGGAGCCAGGAAGGGAGUCCUGAAAAGCAGAUGAAAAACAGGAAAAUGCAUCCUGAAGAAGCUGAGUGGUGGGGCCCUUGGGAAGUGACUCACCAUGUACCAUAG